GACAGGAAGGAAGCAGAGACUGUUUUUUUUUUUUUGAGACAGUUUCUUAUGUCUGUGCGGAUACAUCCUGGCCACAUACAAGCAGCUGCUGUUAGUGUGUGACUCAGAUGGAAAUCAGUCAUCACACAAAUCAUAAUUGAAGUAGUUUGCAUGACCAACUAUCUGGUCCACAAACAUACUGUAAGUGCAGAGGAAAGUCCCACUCUCAUGUCCGAGUCCAGAUGAAGACCACUGGUGAGGAGUGUCAACUAAAUACUGUAAGGAUGAAGGAACUGAUGUGAAAAAAUGGAGCAAAGAAGUGUUGCUGUUGAAACAGAAAAGGUCUCUCAAGAGUCAGUUCCAUCUAUUCAAUCGGUGGUUCAUCAUUUUCAUCCCAGCUUCACUGCUCACAGUGAAGGCUAUGUGGUUGCUCCUUCCGUCAUUGGUUCUAACAUUGGGAACUUAAAUAUCACUAUCACCUCAGCCUGCAAAGAGUCCAUUGUUUCAUCAAAUGAAACACUGAACUAUGCUGAAGACAGCUUUGAUGCUCUGCAGCUCCAAAAUGGUAAGAUAGAAUGUCAACAGAAAUUGAAAGCUACUCUGAAGAGGAAGUAUACUUAUAUACUUGAGGGGAUGAUGACAGAUGCAAACAAGAUGCCUCUCAAUAAGAUCUACACAGAGCUUUACAUUACUGAGGGAGGCAGUGGUGAAGUCAACAAGGAGCAUGAGGUAAGACAGAUUGAGACGGCCUCCAGGAUACAUGUGGCCCAGGAAAAAUCAAUCCACUGCAAUCAGCUCUUUGUUCCCCUACCGGGACAAGACCACCUCAUAAGAACUGUGAUCACAAGGGGAGUCGCUGGCAUCGGAAAAACUGUAUCUACCAAUAAAUUCAGUCUAGACUGGGCUGAGGAGAGAGCAAACACCAACCUGGACUUUGUGUUUCCCCUCUCUUUCCGAGAGCUCAAUCUGAUGAGAAAGAAAACCUUCAGUCUAGAGGAGCUUCUCAGUGUCUUCUUCCCUGAAACAAAAGACACAGGGAUCUUCACUAAUGGUAAAAACAAAAUGCUCUUCAUCCUGGAUGGUCUGGAUGAGAGCCGCCUGUCUUUGGACUUCCACAAAAGUGAAAUCAUAUCUGAUGUAAAACAGCCGACCACGAUUGCUGUGAUUGUGAUCAACCUCAUCAGGGGAAGACUAUUGCCUUUGGCUCUUGUAUGGAUAACAUCUCGCCCAGUAGCUUCCAGUCAGAUCCCUCUAGAGUACAUUGAUCUAGUGACUGAGGUGAGAGGGUUCAACAACACACAGAAAGAUGAGUACUUCAGGAGGAAAAUUGGCGAUGAAAGCUUAGCAAACAGGGUUAUCAUGUAUGUGAAGUCCUGCAGGAGUCUUCACAUCAUGUGUCACAUUCCAGUUUUCUGCUGGAUGGCGGCAAGUGUUCUUGAAAGGAAGCUGGUGACAACAAACGGUAAAGACACACCAAAGACUCUCACUCAGAUGUACAUACACUUUUUGUCUUUGUAUGUGGAGAACAUGAAGAAGAGGCUGCCUGAAAGAAGAGAGUCUAAUCCUGACUGCAUGAGAGAUAAUCUCAUCUCACUGGGCAAACUGGCCUUCAAAGAGCUCGAGAAGGGCCACUUGAUCUUUUAUGAGAGCGACCUUAUCAAUAAUGGCAUAAAUGUCACACAGGCAGCCAUGUUCUCAGGGGUCUAUACACAGAUCUUUAAUGAGGAGCUGACUCUGUGCAAAGAGAAGAUGUUCUGUUUUGUGCAUCUAAGCAUUCAGGAAUUCUUCGCCGCGCUGUAUGUCUUCCUCACAUUCCACAAUGACAACAUCAACGUCUUGGUCAAGAAAUCCUCCGCUACGAGACGUUUUCUAUUCAGAGAUUCUUCUGAGCUCAUCCUUUACAAAGCAGCAGUGGAAAAGGCUCUGCAGUGUGAAAAUGGACACUUUGAUAUCUUUCUGCGCUUCCUUUUGGGCCUGUCCCUGGAAUCUAAUCAGACUCUGCUGAAACAUCUGAUGACCAGCAACAGAGCAAACCAGAGGACAAGAACAGAAAUCAUCAAACACAUCAAGGAGAGGAUCAGGUCAAGUGAAUCCCCAGACAGAUGCCUCAACCUUUUUCACUGUCUCAAUGAAGUGAAUGACCACUCUCUUGUGGAGGAGAUUCAGAGCUACCUCAGCUCGGGCAAUCUGGACAAAGCAAAACUUUCGCCUGCCCAGUGGUCCACUCUGGUCUUUGUUUUAUUGACUUCAGAAGAAGAACUGAGUGUGUUUGACCUGAGCAAUUACAACAGGUCAGAGGAGGGUCUUCUAAAGCUACUACCUGUUGUGAAAACAGCCCGAGUGGCAAAUCUAAAUGCAUGUAAUCUCACUGUGACUUGCUGUGAAAGCCUGUCAAAUGGCAUCAGCUCAUCUCAACUCAGAGAGCUGGACCUUAGUGACAACAACCUGACAGAUGCAGGAUUAAUACAACUCUGUGGUGCUCUGAAGCACAGCAAACUGGAGACACUAAGACUGAGGAGCUGCAAUCUAACAGAACACAGCUCUGAUGCCCUGGCUGUAGUUAUCAGCUCAGCCUCCUGCCAGCUGAAACUAUUGGACCUUACUGACAAUGACAUUCAGGAUAUGGGAGUCAUGAAGCUUUCUGGUGGACUGCAGAGCCCUCACUGUAAGCUGGAAAUACUCAGUUUGUCCUUGUGUAGAGUCACAGUAGAAGGCUGCACCUUCCUGGCAUCUGCCUUGAACUCAUUCCAUCUGAGAGAGCUCGACCUGAGCUACAACCACCCAGGAAACUCAGGCCUGCAGCUGCUGUCUGCUCUGCUAGACGACCCACAAUGUACCCUGCAGAAACUCAGUGUGGAACAGUGUGAUGAAUCUAGGGUUCAACCGGGUCCAAAGAAAUAUACCCGCAAACUCACCCUGGACCCAAACACGGCACACAGAGACCUCUCUCUGUCUGAAGGAAACAGGAAAGCAAUACGUUGGACCCCACAGCCAUACCCUGAUCACCCAGAACGAUUUGAUUUCUGGAGACAGGUUUUGUGUAGUGAGGGACUGACUGGGCACUGCUACUGGGAGACAGAGUGGAGUGGGAGAACUUUCAUAGGAGUAGCCUACAAACAGAUGUGCAGGAAGGGAGAGGGUCACGACAGCUGGUUAGGACGAAAUGACUCCUCCUGGGGUCUUAGCUGCACCAAAGAUGGGUACAGGAUCUUGCACAAAGGCAUGAACACUGCAGUAACCACCCCACACAGCUCCAAUAAAGUUGGAGUUUAUCUGGACUGGCCAGCAGGGACAUUAUCCUUCUACGUGGUCUCCUCUGGUGUGCUGACUCUCCUCCACACACUACACACCACAUUUACUGACCCCGUUUACCCAGGGUUUCAGCUUGGCUGGGUCGACUCCAUAAUCUCCCUGUGCUAAAUAAUUACGCAGACUUGGUGGACAGCUUCAUAUCCCUCCUGUCCACAUAACACUGUGUAAGAACUGUGCUCUCUGGUGGACAUUAAGAAAAAAUUCAACACAAUCUCUUUUGUUGUGUUGCUGUGAAUAAUCCACAAAACACAUUAAUAGCAGUUUCAUGGAGACCAUUUCUUCAGUAGAAGGUAGUCCAAGUAAAAACCUUUCACUGCAGUAAACCGUUUUUCAGUGUUGUAAAUCCCCCACACCACUGUCAGCUGUAAAGUAAUGUGAAGAGAAUGCAUUUUGAUGAAAUGUAAAAUACAUAUUUUGUAACAAAGGGUUUCUUCAGUGACAAUAUAAAAACCACCAGAUAAGGAAGAAGCCCAAUGUGGUGUUUCACUUUUAACAAUCAUUUUAUUAGCAGUCCCAACAGGCAAUGAAAAAAGAAAGAAAAGAGGGAACUGAAACCGAGAUUACACUCAAGACAGUGGGUCAAUCAAAUUCAGUGAAAUGGAACAGAGGGCUACACACACACACACCAAACAAACCCAAGUCACAUUGUUAAAAAGGAACAGAAAGUGAUAAAUGAAGACAAGAGUUUAAUCUCAUGGUGUGCACGUGCAUGUUGGCUGAUCCCUCUAUUCCUCGGGAGAAAUUCACCAGGACCGACCCCACAUUCACACACAGUCUCUCACAGAUCCCACCACGCACAAACAUAUCAAGAAGCCAGUCUUGCCAGCUGUUCAGGCAGGUCUUUAAAAUGAUUUUCCAUUAAUCUGUAUAGAUUAUAUAUGCUAUUUACACACUGAACACUGUCAGUGCGGAGACAACUCAGAAUUUACUGAUGUCCCAUUUAUCUGCGGCCUUUCUGUGCUCAUUUCUGUCUUUAUACAAUUUUGGACAUUAAAACGUCUGAUUAAUAUAAAGUCUGCAGCACUACAUGUCACCAACAGACAAAGCCCUCCACAGACACUACUCAUAGAGAGGAUUUCCCAUCACUGUGAUGUUGAAAUCAAAUAUUCACACCCUUCCUUGUUGACUUUUUUUCCCACCAUCUCUGGUUUUCCAAAGCACUGCAUAGAAUUUAAACAGAGCAAUUUGAAAUGCACAUCAGUGACCAAACACCAAAGCCCGAAGACCACAGCAACAAUGAAAACUCAACAGAAGCUGCUUUGAAAAAAAAAAAAAAGGAUUAUGCCAAUUACUGUAAUGACUGCGUAUCAGUGCACCUUGAUUUUUAGUGUCUUUGUGGACACUAAAACUGCUUCCUGCAGGUGAAAACUGAUAAGAGUCUAGUCUGAGCUGUUAAUCCAGUGCUUAAACUCAGAUGCCUGCAGCAGGAGACACAUAAGGAAACGAAACCAGUGAAUAAUCCUUUCACAUUGACAAACACACACACAAACUACGGCUGAUUGGCGCAGCAUGGGAAAGGGGUACUAAGGCCAUGAUUAAUGGGGAGAAGACAGAAAGAACAGCAUUUAUUUAAUGUCAUGUAUGUCUUGGUAUGUAGAUGUCCUUCACUCUACUGGGAUUCAAUCAUAUAAAAAAUGUUUGCUAUCUGACAGGCUGAUUUUUGCCCACC